AGAGAGAGAGUUGAGCGCAGUAACAAUGGCGAAGAGCAAGGAUGAUAUCACGUACGGCGCCGCUCAAGCGAAGUUAUCAGAAGACGAAUCACUAAGAGUCGCUUACAAGCACGGCACGCCGCUCGAAUCGGGGAAAAUUGCGGACGCGGAGACUGUCGAUCUUUUUUCUAGUGCGCAAAACAUUUCUCAAGAUCGUUCUGCCGGACGUUCAUCCGCUGCCGCUACUGAAUCGAUUACCAAUCAGUUGCGGCGAGGCGAUACUACUAGCGAAGGCGGAACAGGAUGCGAUACUGCAGAUCCUUCAGCCGGCCGUCGUUUAGGUUGAAUCGGAUCGGUGCGAUUGUGGAUAGAUGCUUCUGUAGUUCGA